GACAGUCGUAUGGAAUUAGGUCAGACGACAAAAUGGCGAGUUCUUUUCGGGUUUCGGGUUGGACUAUAGCAGGAACAAUCCUUAUGUCGAUCACUAUCGUCUUACUUUUAUUUUCGAGUGCCUACCCUUACUGGCAACAGUCAGCCAAGAUGAGAGACACGGGUAUAUCAAGUGUUGGGCUCUGGGCUGUUUGUUUUAGAGAAGACGGUUAUCCUGCUCCAACUUGGGCCAACGAUGUACUAGGAAAUCGUUAUUAUGGUUGCAACUAUGUAUUUGACAGAGACUUGAGGAAAAUUGUAGAUUGGAUAUUUCCAGGUAGGCUUGAAAUAUUCUACUAAAUAAUGUUACAGUCACGACGGUCGUUACUCACGUACCAGUAACUAUUUCCCUAUAGUCUAUAGGGCCUACUUAUAUUCAUAUUCCGUAUUAAAGUCAAAUUAUAGUAGUAAUAGUAUAACUUGAUUUGUAUACUUUUAUUUUAUAAUACUAUUAUUUAUACUAGUACUAGACCUAUGAUACCCUAUACUCCAUAAAUUUCCUAGCUAGACCACGUCCACUAGCUGCCUUGUCUUUCUACUCAUUUUCUUUUACUUUUACUACUACUAGCUUUGGCAUAUGCAGAGGCCUGCAGGUUCUAAUUGAAAUUAAAUUUAAAUUUUUAUUUUUUGGCUGCAGCUUUUCACCCGGGAUUCAAGAGUGAGAAGUUGAGUUUAUUAAAAAAUAUUAAAAAUAAUACUUUAGGGUUUGUAAGACAAAAUUUGUUAUCAAAUGAAAGAUAAUUGAGUGGACUAUAUCACAUAAGUUUGUAAACUUACACUUACUUCUUCAGUUUAACAAAAAGAACUAAAUAACUGUGCGAAAUACCCAUUCUGCGCCCCCUUCCCUGUAUGGCUCUUUUUCGGAUUACGACGUAGGCUAUGAAGCAUGUGUUAUGAUGCUAUUCAUGUAGCUAACCAUACGUAUUUUAAUAUUAACAUUAAUUUAGACUGUUUAGUUUUUCUACUGUACUUUGUUCCAUUUCCACACCACCGGAUCCUAUGUUCACACUUCACUAUAACCAUACGUAUUUUAAUAUUAACAUUAAUUUAGACUGUUUAGUUUUUCUACUGUACUUUGUUCCAUUUCCACACCACCGGAUCCUAUGUUCACACUUCACUAUAUAAUUAACUAAGACUAAGGGAAUUUAAAUAUUUACUAUGGUCGCACACCCUAAAGUGGCUAAAGGCUGGCGUUGAAUCUAUACUGUCAGUGCAAUUUAACUUUUAAAUGCUAUGAUAGAGUUGUCUAUAGUUAUCUAUAAAUAUUAAAUUAUAUAUUUGUAUAUUCUACUGUUAUGUGCGACAUUGUAACAUGUAAACCGUUUCUAAAAAGAUAUUUCUUUCAGUGUUUGGUAUUAAUCUAAUUUAUUUUUAAUAUAGCCUAACUACUGAUAUGUCUUUUAUUUCAUUUUUGUUUGUUUGUUCCAGGCUGGUUCAAGGCAGUUGUCAUUUUUGUUACGUUAGGUCUGAUAACACAACCCGUGGGAAUCAUACUCAACAUCCUGUAUUAUGUCAGAGCGUGUAGUGCACACAAUGAACAUCUGCUCUUAAUGAUUUCAAGUGCUUUGAAUGCUGUGGAAGGCAAGUUGUUGAAUAGUUUUACUCUAUUUAUUUCAUUAACAUUUAUUUGUAAUUAAAAUAAUUAGUUAAUAAAUAAAAAUGCAGAUUUUUUGUUCUUCCAUUUCACGAAAGAAAAAUGCUAUUUUUCUUUAAUGUAACUUUCAGGACUAAUGUAAAAUCUUCUUAAUUUAAGUUGAUGUAUAUGUGUAUUUAAUUAUUUAUCCCAUAAACUAUGGAUUUUGUUUUUUAUUUAAACUUUUCAUUAGGAAUAUUUUUUAAGGCUGUGACUAUUGGCACCUGGGUACCAGAAGUGAGAGGUUGGGAUUAAAAAACUAUUUGUUCGGUUUGUAAGACAAAAUGAGGUAUCAAAUAAAGGAUAAUUGAAUGGACUAUAUUUUUGUAAACUUACUUCUUCAGUUUAACUUAAAUAAACUACCACAAAUGACAUCUGAUGGGAUUUAGUCUAAAGGGACCUGGGUGCGAAUAGCCACUUCAAUUUUUUUCAACUUAUGUUUCCAUUUUAUUGAGAGUUCUUAUAUUAAAAACAAUCUAUUUUUCUUUAUUAUAAAAUUGUCAGCUGAAUUUCUUUUCUAGAAUACACCUUUAAUAAUUAUUAUAUUCUUACUUUUAAUACUUAUAUACUUAAACAUUAAAUGGCCUUUUGAUCUCCAGGUGGACUGGUUGCUUUAGCCAUAAUAAUGUUUGGCAUUAUUUCGGCCCAAGAUGCCAAAUGGAUGCCCCAGCCGGAAUCCAAUCACUUGUCGUAUUCAUACGCUGUGUGUGCCCUUGUGCCCGUCCUCUGUUUCCUGGCUAGCAUGUGCCACUCCGUUGAUUUCCUGAGACUAAAAGCCUACAGAGAUCGUGAUGCCAGGGCUAAAGUGUAUGCGCGUGGAGAGUUUGCCAGAUACUAGAGCAAUUAAUGGAUGUCUUUAAUGCUCAUGAACUCUCGCGGUCCUCAUCUAUGUCCCUGAUAUUAAAGAUAAAAUCAACAAACACUAGAAUUCUAGAUUGAAUAAAGCUGAGAUCACCACUACCCUGAUGGUGGAAUCAUUUGACCUGUUGGCUAAAUCUUGGAGCAUGUAGUGUUACACAAUAUUCUAAAAUAUAUACUAAUGAUAUUUUUAAUGUAAACUUAUAAUGAAAUUAUUUAGAACAGGCCUGCACAACUCAAAAUGUAAGGCGGACCAUAAUACUUUAUGAAAAAUUGCGCGGGCUAUAAUACUUUAUGAAAACUUGUGCGGGCCGAAAGAUGAUAGGACAGGGGGAAAGCUAUUAAGAAAAUAAUGAUAAUAAAGAAUAUUUCGUUGCUUUGCGGGCCGCCAAGUAGGUGCAGGCCUGAUCUAGAAGAAUCAGCCUUUGUUAGAGUUUUAUCUGUCUAGUAUAGGCCUACAACGUGCAGAUGACUCUCAUGGUGUAUGAGACAACAGCAAAAAUUUAACAUCUUUAUUUUGAUGUUGACUUACUCAAUCCAGAUUCUCGCACCUUUAUUUUUAGUAUCAUCUAAACAUGAUCAAGGAACUUAGAAAGUCUAAGCUUUUUUCAGCAAUCUAGUUCAACAUUUAUAAUCUGUUCUUUGAGACAAAAAGGGGCAUGCUUUUGAAGAAACUAAGACUAGCUGAUUAAAUGAAGAAACUUGGACUAAACAAGUAGAAAUAUUUUUAACAGAAUUAGAAACAAAUUAGUAUUAUGGAUUUAAGCCUGACUCUGUUGAUCUCCUCGAUGCAGCUUUUGUGUUAUGCAAAGUUAUACAUAUCCAUCUGUACAUGCAUUUAAAAAAAAAAUUAAUGUGUUUUAUUUUGUGAAAGAUCUAAUUUUUCUUUUUAAUCCACCACCUCCGAGUAUAUGAACAAUACCGUAAACAUUUUUUAAACCUUAGCAAAAUUGGGAUUUAUAUCCAUUAAUCUUUAAUAUGCUGUGCCUACAGACUUCUUUAGCAGCCAUCUUAUAUUCGCUGAUGUCUUUUUUUAUCAGCAGAAAGAUCAUAUCAACCAUAUGCUGCUCAUGUCUCCCAUGAGGUUACAAAUUAUAAUAAUUUUUGUUAAUGAUACCUCAAAAUUUUAUUCCAUUGUUGUCGGCGGUAUAAAAAUCUAAGUGAGUUUGACUACACAUUCCACUGUUUUGGCAACUGAGUGAUUGUAGAGUAUGUUUGACUAAACAUUCCACUGUUUUUGGCAACUGAGUUAUUGUAAGAGUAAGAGUAUUUUUGACUAAGUCAAUUGUUCGGUUACUGCUAGUUUGACAAUAUUCCAAAUUUGUUUGUCCUUAGAUUAUUGUAACUGUGUUGAUUGUUGAGUUACUGGGGAUUUUAAUAAACAUUCCACUGAUGUUAGCCUUUUGGUUGCUGUGUGUUUGACUUGGUUGAUUGUGGGGGGCUACUGCAAGUAUGUUUCACUAAACGUUCCACUAUCGUUAUCCAUUGGGUGUCUGUGUGUUUGACUAAACAUUCCAUAAAUAAAUUAACAGUGUGUUAUACUAAAAUGUAAAAUAGAAGCCUUGAUGUACAUAUAUUGUAUUUAGCCUUUUGUGUACAGUUUUGAACUUAUUGUUUUUUUUUUGUAAUUUGCUCAAGUGAGUUACAUUCCCUUUUAUACAUUAUUGUUAAGAGUUGUCUAUCAUGAAUAAACAUGAAACUUUAUUAUCAACCACA